AUGACCAAUAACACCAGUCCCUGGACAAGGCUGGUGCAACUAUUACGCACUGACACACUAGAGCAAGCAGCAGCCAAAGAGAAAAAGAGUCCUUUUCCUACAGCUUCCACCGAGAGUCGUACUAUCUAUGUUAAUACCGAGAUACCCGCCGACGCGCUCGAUGACUACAAUCAACCCACAACCACAUUCAUAUCCAACAAGAUCAGAACAGCGAAAUACACGUGGUACACCUUCUUGCCAAAGAAUCUCUUUGAGCAAUUUCGAGGCAUCGCCAACUUGUACUUUUUAUUUCUCGUCAUUCUACAAAUGUUCCCACUCUUCAGCACCUCAGCCUCGCCUAUUCUUGUGAUUCUACCACUUGCAGCGAUUCUCAUCAUUACGGGAGUGAAGGACGCCUUUGAAGACAACAAACGACACAAGACAGACCAGAGUGUGAAUAAGGCAACGACGUACACGUUGAAGGAUUGGAAGAAUGUCAAUAUACCAGUAUACAAGGUCUCCUUGUGGCGACGAUGGCUCAACACUUGUGCCAAAUUUAUCAAAGGUCUAUUCCGAUCGACAAAGCAGCAGCCGCAUGAGGAAGGGGAAGAUAUGACACUCAGUCGCGUGUCAACCAUGCGCUCCGAUUUUAUGCCCGCCAGCAACAGUAGCAAGACUAUCCGAUUGUUUCGGAAACUCAAGAGGAAAAGAAAAGGCCCUUAUCGACCAGGCAAGAUUCCCCAUUCGGUGCUAAGGAAAUCAGGUCAACCCAAGCCCAACAAGCCAUUACAACGCUCAUCCACCCUUGUACGGCAACCUGUUGAUCGUCGGUGGCAAAGGACACGUUGGCAGGAUUUGAAUGUGGGGGAUUUCGUCUAUCUACAAAACAAUGACAACAUUCCUGCUGAUAUCGCCAUUUUAUCCUCCUCCGAACCUGAUGGAUUGUGUUAUGUGGAAACGCAAAAUUUGGAUGGUGAAACGAAUCUCAAGAUCAUGCGUGCUAUCCAGGCAACAAGUGAAAUUAACACCGUGGAUGAUUGCAAACGUUCAAAGUUUUAUAUCGAAGCUGAACCACCUCAUGCCAACUUGUAUUCUUUCAAUGGUGUCAUCAAAUGGAAAGUGGAAAUGGAUCAUCAGGAGGAGGGCGAGGAUGAAGAAAUCAAGGGAGAAGGACUUUCACCACCACCACCAGCACUUGAAGAAGAAGAUGAGGAUGAUGAGGAUGAUGAGGAUGAGGUAUCCCAUGAAAAGACAGAAGCCAUCACCAGCAGCAGUGUGCUCUUGCGAGGUUGCGUUUUGAGGAAUACGGGUUGGGUGAUUGGAAUGGUCCUUUUCACCGGCAACGAGACCAAGAUCAUGCUCAACUCGGGAAAGACACCAAGCAAACGAAGCAAAAUCGAAAAGGCGACGAAUCCUCAUGUCAUUGCCAACUUUGUGUUACUAUUCAUUCUCUGCGUCAUUUGCUCUGUGGCUGCGAGUGUCAUGUAUUCGAGUCAUACAUCCGCCGAUUACUUCGAGACAAAGGAUGCUGAAAGUGCUACCAUGGAAGGUUUCAUCAUGUUCUGGACCACGCUUGUCAUUUACCAAAACAUCAUCCCGAUUUCCUUGUAUAUAUCUGUUCAAAUUGUAAAAACCGCUGCAGCUUAUUUUAUCCAUACUGAUCUUGACAUGUACAAUGAGCGGCUGGAUCAACCAUGCAUUCCAAAAACAUGGAACAUCUCGGAUGACCUUGGACAAAUCGAAUACAUUUUUUCAGACAAGACGGGGACGUUGACGCAAAACAUUAUGGAGUUUCGUCGAUGCACAGUGAAUGGGGUGAUCUAUGGAUUGGGAGAGACCGAAGCUUCGAUUGGUGCAAAGAAACGAGAUAACCCCAAUAUGGUGGAUACGACAUUGGCGGAUGCUAUGGAAUUGGAGAAAUCACGACAAGAGAUGUUGCAGAAACAAGCCCAAUUGUUCGAUCACAAGUACAUCAAUCCAAAAUCCAGCUUUGUGGAUCCCAAAGUAUACGACCACCUUGGUGCCAACAAUACUCAAUCGCAGAGCUUGAUUCACUUUUUCUCCGCAUUGGCCCUUUGUCACACCGUCAUUACCGAAUUACCGGAUCCUGAUAACCCAUACGACAUUGUAUACAAGGCACAAUCACCCGAUGAAGCUGCUCUUGUGGCAACAGCGCGAGAUGUUGGAUUUACUUUUGUUGCUCGAGAAUCUGAUACAGUCAUCAUGGAUGCAUUGGGAGAAUUACGCCAUUUUACAUUGCUCAAUGUUCUGGAGUUUAAUUCGACACGCAAACGGAUGAGUGUUAUUAUGCGAUCUUCGGAUGGCGGUAUUGUCUUGCUAUGCAAGGGAGCAGAUUCAGUGAUCUAUGAACGGCUUUCCAAAGACCUUGGUGAUGACGAGGAAGGAAGAGAGCAAAAACGUGUACGACAAGAGACAUCAGCCCAUUUGGGUAUCUUUGCAAAUGAAGGUUUACGAACCUUGUGUAUCGCAAGUCGCAUGUUACAAGAAGACGAGUAUCAGCAAUGGGCUGCACGUUAUAAGCAAGCCGCUAGCAGUAUCAGAAAUCGUGAUGAAGAGAUUGAAAAGGUGUGCGAGGAGAUUGAACAGUCGUUGACCCUUAUUGGCGGCACAGCUAUUGAAGACAAGCUUCAAGAAGGUGUUCCCGAUACGAUCGGUGUAUUGGCACAAGCGGGUAUCAAGAUUUGGGUGCUUACGGGAGACAAGAUUGAGACAGCCAUCAAUAUCGGAUUUGCAUGCAAUUUAUUGAGCAAGGAUAUGCUGCUGAUCAGUAUCAAUGCACACGAUGAACAUGAGACACUGGAACAACUUCAGCGCUCACAACUCGAAGUGCAAGAAAAAUCGUCUUAUCAGAAAUGCGCACUUGUCAUUGAUGGUGAAUCGCUAAAGUAUGCCUUGGAACCACCUUGCAAACAAGAGUUAUUGGCGCUUGGCACACAAUGCAUGGCUGUGAUUUGUUGUCGUGUGAGUCCUAUGCAAAAGGCCAAGGUGGUGAAUCUUGUCAAGAAAGGUCUCAAAGUAAUGACGUUGUCGAUUGGUGAUGGUGCCAAUGAUGUCUCCAUGAUCCAGGAAGCCAAUGUGGGUGUUGGUAUCUCAGGCGAAGAAGGUCGGCAAGCUGUGAUGGCAUCCGAUUAUGCCAUUGCCCAAUUUCGUUAUCUCAGCAAGUUGUUGUUGGUGCACGGACGUUGGUCUUAUCUACGCACAUCCGAAAUGAUCCUCACCUUCUUUUACAAAAACAUCAUGUGGACGCUCGUCUUGUUUUGGUAUCAGCUAUUCUGCGGAUUUUCGGGCACCAUGAUGUUUGAUUAUUCUUAUAUUACUCUUUAUAAUUUGGUAUUUACAUCCUUGCCAUGUAUCUUUGCCGGCGUUUUGGAUCAAGAUCUCGUAUCAAAGUACUCCUUCAAGUAUCCACAGCUUUAUUUGAUGGGUAUCCGCGAUGACAAGUUUCACGUUUCCCGGUUCUAUUUGACCGUAGUCGAUGCCAUUUAUCAAUCAGCGGUCUGCUUUGGUGUUCCCUACAUGCUUUUCAUUGAUGGAAAAAUGAGCAGCAAUGGCUAUGACACUGAAGGUGUAUACGAGCUCGGAACGUUUAUCGCUGGUAUUGCUGUGGUGGUUGCCAAUGCCCUUGUUGGAUUCACUAUCUACAGCUGGACAUGGGUGAUGGUAGCGGUUAUUACUCUUUCGUCAGCCACCUUUUUCAUAUGGACGGCCAUCUACGCCAAGGUACAAACAUUUACAUUCUAUGGCGAAGACAUUUUAUUCCGUGAAGGCGGCUUUUGGUUAUGUUUGGCGGUGACUUUUGUGAUCUGCAUGUUGCCACGCUAUGCUACAAAGUAUUGUCUCCACAUGGACAAGCCUUUUGAUAAUGAUAUCAUCCGCGAGAUGGUCUUGUGCAAGACUUCUUCCUCCAAAAACCGUUUCAGCCGUCGUCGACGCACCUCCAAAAAGCAGCUUGAAGAAGAAAUCCCUAUCACCUUGGAACGCACCCAAAGCGAAGCAUCCACAGCAUUCCGAAACGAUGACUUGUACGAUGAUGAAAAUGCUUAUGCGUUGACUGAUGCAGCACCUCUCACACGCACUGAUACGAAUGCUUCACAACGAACCGAGAUUAUGAACAUGCGCUCUGGCACUCGUACCUCUUUUAUGGGUUUUGCAUUUUCGUCCGAUGAUAAACGUCCCUUUGAUAAAUUUCGACAAUCGGUGUACCGACAUGCAAGUUUAUCAACCAAUCCAGCCUUGUUGCGUCGUUCAAGACUUUCCAAUGCCACACUUUCUACAACAGCUGAAGAGCAGGGUGGUGCCCAUGGUGAUUGGAUGCCAAUGGAAGGAUUCGAUCUUCGACGUUAUGAUACAGCACCUGUGACAGGCAAGGAUCACAAAAAGUCAUCCGGGUUGAAAUGGAAAAUGAUGAAUGCUAUGAAGCAAAGAAUAUCACCCAAACCACCAUCCGGUAAUACACCCUUGUGGCAACAUCGACGAAGCGAUUCAUUACACUUGCCAGAAUCUUCCUCCAGCACCACCACCACUGCGACAACAAAUGCUGAGUUGGUUGAUAUUCAGGAUGAUCAUCCUCCCUCACAACAACAACAACAACAGCCACCACCGUCCUCAUCAUAG